AACACCGUGCUGUGUAAAACUCGUUAUUGGAUGGCUGCCCUCCCGGCUUGCGACCACUGCUCGAGAGCUGAUCUUCGUGACAUUCUUGGUCUGCUCUUCAAGCUUCAGUCUUAACCAUGCUGCUCUCAAAGAUUCCCUUGGCGACACUGCUUCAAGGCAUUCUUCUCGGUUAUAUCCUAGUCUCGCUGGUUUAUACAACAGGCUUCAUCAUCGCGUCUCCUGCUGUAUCUGCUGUUUUCGCUUUGGUCGGUGUCGAAAUUUCCGGUUCUGAGUCACUUGCUUUUCCGAAAGUUGCACCUCGAGUGGACCUCAUCGCGCACGCCCACCAAGUCUUCAGCUCUAGCCACCCUUCUUGGGGCGCAGACACUUAUAGUUCACUCCGGGAUUUGGCUUCCUCGAGUGACUGGCUGUACUGGAACUUGCCUGCUCUUGGUCCUCUUUCUGGGUCUCUCGACGAUGCUCACGCUGGCACACUGCCAGUCCAAGAAGGAACUCUUCUGUCGAAGGCGUUCGCACAAGCCCUGCAUCCGACCGAGUUCAUCCCGUUCUACUACAAGGCUACCGGUCCUGUCGACACCUCAGACGUGACUAUAACAACCCUUGUGACCAGCAACCGCUACAAAGUUCUCAAGCAGCUCGUCGAGCAGUACAAAGGUCCCAUCUCUGUUACGAUAUAUAUCCCACUCCCGCCACCUACCGCGUCUGCGUCCGAGACCUCCCAGUUCAUCAUCGCAGUGCAGGAUCUUGACGCGCUCUAUGCAUCCUCGCCACACUUUGCAGCAUAUGUCGACGUGCACCUCGCGCUCUCCCCGCUCUCAAGUGCACCGCAUGCGACAUCGGGUAGCACUGAGGGCGGCCGGCAGUUCAACGUCUGGCGGAAUGCUGCGCGCCUUUUUGCUCGUAGCGAGUUCGUCAUGAUGCUUGACGUUGAUUUCGCGGUCUGCACCGACUGGCGGAGUGUCGUUCGUGGUGCCGUCGCUCGCUCCGGUCUUCCGCACACGACCGUCGGGAGCGAGCUGCCGGAGCCGACGCCAUUACCCGGCAAGCGCGAGGAAGUACGACAAGUCGUGCAGAAAGUGCGUGAAGGUGCGGCGGCGCUGGUUGUUCCGGCAUUCGAGUACACAAAGCAAGGGGAUGGCGCUGAUCACACAAGGUUUCCCAAGGAUAAAGAGAGCCUUCGGCGCCUUGCUACGGGCCCGCAUCCCAAGCUGGACAUGUUUCACGCCUCCUGGGCGCCAGGACACAACAGCACCGAUUACACCCGCUAUCUCUCCACUCCAUCGAACUCGCAAUCGCUCUACAAAGUGAUUACAUACCAGAGCGCAUACGAGCCGUAUGUCAUCAUGAGCAAACGCGUACCGUGGUGCGACGAACGCUUCACCGGCUAUGGGGGGAACAAGGCCGCAUGUCUCUUCGAGAUCUAUCUCAGCGGCGUUGACUUCUAUGUCAUGGCAGACCACUUUCUCAUCCAUCAGAGCCAUAAAUACGAGGAAGAAGCAAGGAGAGAAGAGCGCAAGUACAAUCGUAAGCUCUAUGCCGACUUCAAAGAGGAGGCGUGCCUUCGGUACCUCUACCGCUUUCACUCUGCCGGUCAGCUGCGCACGUCGGUUGCCGCCAAUGCCGUCCAAGAGUGCAAGAAGGUGAAAAGCGUGGAGAAGCUGGCGUCAGAGCUACUCGGCGAGUCACUGUAG